GCGCGGGUGACGUCACUGCCGUGCGCCGAGCUGCCUGGCGGCGUUUUCAAACCUUCGUCCCAGCCUCUCUGGAACCUGGUCCAGUGUGCUUCUCCUAGAGUACCUCUGGGUGAGGACCACCGCGAUGGCGUUCUCCACCACAGUCGCCCAGAAGAAGCACGUAAAGCGCAAGGCGCCCCGCGGCUUCCUCAAGCGCGUCUUCAAGCGGCGGAAGCCUCACCUGCGUCUGGAGACGCGCAGCGACUUGCUGAUUCAUUUGAAUUGCUUACUCUUUGUUCAUCGAUUGGCAGAAGAGUCCAGGACAAAUGCGUGUGAGAGUAAGUGUGGAGUCAUCAAAAAGGAUCAUGUUCUGUCUGCAGCAAAGGUAAUUCUAAAGAAGAGCAGAGGUUAAAAGUCAACACGUCUGAAAAUUGUAUGAUGUGUUAUUUAAUUGGUAAUGUUAUAAAGGCACUUCUUAUGUAUCAGUUUAGAUUGUGAAUUAUUAAAGACAUUGACUACAAAUGUGUGUAUUUUACAUUUUAUUUUUUAAAUUGUUUUAAUUAAUUUUAAGUGACUCUUAGUUUACUGCUGUGUUGUUGCUGUUGUAAACAUUUGAUAAUCAACAGUGAAAUCAUACUAUAUUAAAUAGUUUGCAACUCACAAAAGCUACUAGUAACGUGAAUGAAGUGGGCCAAAAACUGGCAGCCAAACUUGGGUGUCAUUCACAUGGCAUGCUGGGUUUAGAGGCAUGAAAGAUGCAAGAGUGAUGGGGUCACUGGUUCUUUCUCUGAGGUUUCAGAGAGUGGCUGAGGACAGGCAACAUGCAGCCAUGACAGACCCUCAAAGACCAAGAGGCCCUUAACAGGUCAUUGCAUGAAGCUGUGAAGGCGAAGCCUAGUUGGUAGUAGAGACCCCAAGACACUGAAGAUGCUAGACCCAUGAGAUAUCUGCCAAGGAGAGCUGCAUACAUGGAGUGGUACCAAUCCAAGUGAGAGAUGCAUGCAGUAAAGCAGGAGGGGCUGAGCCAUCGAAGUCCUUUGAAGGUAAAGUUCCAGAAGUCGAACAUGGAGCUACUGGAUUUGAUAUUUGUCCUGGUGAUUUUCAGUCUUGUUUUUACUUUUUGGAAUGGGAAUAUGUAUCAGUUCCAUUGUAUGUUGGAUGUAUGUAAUUUAUCUUUUGGUUAUAUAGGACUUAAAGAGAUUGCCUUGAAUCUGAGAAGAGACUCUGGACUUUGAAUAGUAUUGAGACUGGUAAAAACUAUGGGGACUUUAGAAGGUGGACUAAAUGGAUUUGCAUUUUAUAUGAUUAAGAGCCUGUGGGGGCCAGGGAGUAGAAUGUGGUGGUUUAAAUGAGAAUAUUCUCCAUAGGCUCCAAGUAUUUGGACACUUGGUCCUCAUUUGGUUGUGCUGUUUGGGCUUUAGGUGGUGUGGUUUGCUGGAAGCAUGUUACUGGGGGUGGGCUUAGAGAGUUCUUAAGCCUUGCCAGAUUUCUAGCUGCUCUCUGCUUCUUGUGACUGCUUGAAGAUAUGAUCUCUUGGUUUUCUGCUCCAGCCAGCUCUGUUGUCAUGCCUCCCAUACCAUUUUGAAUUCUCCCCUGGAGCCCUAAGCUUAAAUAAAUUCUUCCUUCUAUAAGUUA